AUCUCCUUGUGGCUUUAAAACAUGGGAAGGAGUGUCACACACUGUAACCUCAUGGAGGUUUACAGGGCUCAGAGAUACUCAGUGAUGUUACAAAUCUGUUUUCCCAUCUGGUGACAUUGUUACCUGGAGUGCCAUGUGCAGAGAGGUGUUACUGGGGGGCUUCUAAGGGCAUCAGAGCUGCAGACUUUAUGAUUUCUGGUUUAUUGUCUUUUGAGAAAAUAAGUGCCCAGGAUACCUAACAUCUAGCAUUGCUUGGAGAAAGACAUCUCUAGCCAGGGUCCAGUACAAAGUACUUCCUCAGUGCUGCCUUGGGAGUCUGUGGUGGAGCAACGUGCUGCUGAAAUUGUGCCGCUCUCAUGACCGUGGGCUGUUCCUUGCAUGUGGGAUAUGGACCAGGGGGCCCCUGAGCAAUCUGACCUGGCUUUAAAGUCAGCCAUGCUUUAAGCGUAGAUCUUCCGCAGCUCGGUGGUGUUCGGCAUUCCCCUGCCAGCCAGGCUACAGUGCUGUGUUUCAUGUACUCAGUGUUAUGCUUCUUGUUUUCAUUUCAGGUCCUGUUUUGACAUAAAAGUGAGAUUCACGAGACUCCUCUAAGAUGUCUUACAGAAAGGAGCUAGAAAAAUACCGAGACUUGGAUGAAGACAAGAUCCUUGGGGCUCUGACAGAGGAGGAGCUCAGGAAGCUAGAGAAUGAGCUGGAAGAGCUGGAUCCUGAUAAUGCAUUGCUGCCAGCAGGGCUCAGGCAGCGGGAUCAGACACAAAAGCCACCAACUGGCCCAUUCAAAAGGGAGGAACUCAUGGCCCACCUAGAAAAGCAGGCAAAGGACGUUAAAGACAGAGAAGACUUGGUUCCCUUCACAGGUGAAAAGAGAGGAAAAGCUUGGAUCCCCAAGCAGAAGCCAAUGGAUCCUGUUUUGGAAAGUGUGACUCUGGAGCCGGAACUGGAGGAAGCCCUGGCUAAUGCCUCUGAUGCAGAGCUCUGUGACAUUGCUGCCAUCCUUGGCAUGCACACCUUGAUGAGUAACCAGCAGUACUAUGAGGCACUGGGGAGCAGCACCAUCGUGAACAAAGAAGGGCUCAACAGUGUGAUUAAGCCCACACAGUACAAACCAGUUCCUGAUGAGGAACCGAACUCAACGGAUGUGGAGGAAACUCUGAAACGAAUACAAAACAAUGAUCCUGACCUUGAGGAAGUCAACCUUAACAAUAUUAUGAAUAUUCCCAUACCAACUUUAAAAGCUUUUGCAGAAGCGCUGAAAAAUAACACCUACGUGAAGAAGUUCAGUAUAGUUGGGACACGGAGCAACGAUCCUGUUGCUUUUGCACUAGCAGAAAUGCUGAAGGUCAAUAAUACACUGAAGAGCCUGAACGUGGAAUCAAACUUCAUUUCUGGGUCAGGGAUCCUGGCUGUUGUUGAAGCGCUACAGGGCAACACAUCGCUCGUGGAGCUGCGCAUCGACAACCAGAGCCAGCCCUUGGGCAACAAAGUAGAAAUGGAAAUUGCGAACAUGUUGGAAAAAAACACCUCUCUGCUGAAGUUUGGGUACCAUUUCACUCAGCAAGGUCCCCGGCUCCGCGCCUCCAAUGCCAUGAUGAAUAACAAUGACCUAGCUCGUAUUCAUCGGUCUGAUGGUAUCUGGCAAUAGCAUCUCAGCUCUACACCUGGACAAUUGAGGAAGAGAAGACUUGCAGAGUUGAAUGGGCCUAUUUUUCCCAAGUGCAGAACUGGAGUGUAGUUCCUGGCUAUGGAGGUCUAUCCCAGUGACCUGUGCGACACUGUGGAAUUCUAAAGGCAAUAAGUGCCUUGACAGAGUAUUUGUGGUGCCUCGGUUCUGUUUUAUGCACUAACAGUUUAAAUUAACUAGUGGCUGUAGUUGAAGAUAUUAUCCAGUAGGACUGUUGAUGUUUUCUGUAGAGUUGGAAACUAUUCAAGCCAGUAACAACCUGCCAAUUUGAUGCAAUCUCAGUUUAGAGUACAUCCCAGCGUAAAAGUGACUCUUAACCUGGGACCUAAUUUUUCUAUAAACUUCCUGCACAGUGUUUCAUACAGUUAGGAUGUGGUAUGUAUGAGUGAAAGACAAAAUUGUUCCACACACAUUACAGAUGUAUUAAAAAAAUACUUUAUUUU